AUGAAUAUUUUUUUAUUUUUAAGGAUUUUGCCUUUUAAUUUUCUUUUCCUGAUUUCUAACGCUAAUCAAUAAAAGGAAUACUUGACUCGAGGAGAAACUAAAUUUACAUCUGAUAAUAGGUAUUAUGUUCCAUUCGAACAAAAAUAUUUAGACUCAAAUUAAAACAGGUUUGAAAUCUAAUUAAUUCAUGAAGUAUUUAUAGAAAAUCAAAAUGCCAUACAUCUUACAGAUUAAAUGAAAUUGUUUUAUUUUUAAUAACUGAAUGAGGAAGGGGAUAAUAUAAUUAUGGCAAUGGAUAAUUAACACUUAUAUUGUUUAUACUUAAUUAAGAACUAUCUGUUGGAUCAAUAAUUGGCUAUUCAUCCUCACUACUGUAAUAUAACAUUGCCCUACCAAUCAUGCAGCAAACUAAUUCAAAUAAAAAACUAAUUCUUUAUAACUGUUUGCAAGCUUAAUGAUUCAUCGAUAAUAUCAAUUUUCAAUUUGGAUGGAAAAGUAUUUGAUCAAAUUUAAUUAGAAGUAGAGUAAGAUUGCAAUAUAGAUGUCAGCCACAGAUCUUAAUAUAUUAUUAUAUUUGAAUAAAAUUGUUAAUCAAAUAAUGUUUAUUAUACUGCGAUUGAUGAAUAAUAAUUUUAGUUUAAAUCAGUCAAAAAGCUUGAAUUAUUUCAAGGAAUGAAUAUUGAAUAUAUCUAGAAAAUUGAGAUAUGUGAUCUAGACAGAAUAUUUUUUAUAUUCUAGGAUUUCAUGCUGCAAUAUAAUUUGAUGCAGAACAAUUUAAAUUAAUAUGCAAAAUUUGUUAAUAUAACAUUAUUGAAGGUAUUUUAACUAUGUUCAAAUACUUAAUUGGAAUUGGAUAUAGAAAAUAACAGUUAGUAAAUGAGGUUGAAGGGGCAGCCUUUGAAUAUUACUAGUGUUUAGUAUAAGAAUGCCUUUCUGAUUGAAAAGAUUUUAGUCCUAUUUUUUGAUGAUUGUAUAUUAGCAAAAAUAAAUGAUUAACUACAAUACCAAAUAAAUAUUACGAUGUCAGAGAUACUUCAAUUAAUUGGUGUUCCGUAUUUAAUUGGUGUUCAUUAAUCUAAAUUAAAACUUUUUAAAAUUUAAUCACCAAGAAAUUAUUAUUAAUUUUACUUCUCCUAAAAAAUUCUAUAUUUAAUUCUUACAAGCUAUGCUUAUUAUAAUUAAUUUUAUUUAGAAUAAAGUGAAAUAGAAAUUGUAAAGGAAUAUGAAUCUAAAUUAACAUUCAAUUAAUAAGAAAGGAUGAUUUAUUUGAAUGACAACAACUAAGACAUAUGCUUGGAAUAAAAAUUAUUUUCAGAUACUCUUCCGGUAAAUUUAGUUGCAAUAUAUGAAAAUGAAAAAUAUUAUUAAAUAAACGAGAGAAUAUAUGCGGACAUCUGCAAAUUUAAUUUUCUCAAAUAUAUAAAAAUAGUGUACUUCGGUGAAUUGAAUGAUUAAAUAAAGAUGCUAAUAAUAUUCAAACAGAAAGAUAUUAUAGCCUUUGUAUUUUGCUAAAAUGGCUAAAUUAUUAAUGAAUAACAUAUUAAAUUAAUCACACAGAUCUAAAAUAUUCUUGUAAUUUAAUAAAAAAGUAUCCUGAUUUGUUAUGAGAAAAUUAUUUCAUUAGUUAUAAUUGAUGAUUCACUUUCAAUAAAAACAACAAAUUAUCCUUAAGAACAUAAGAUAAUUAGCAUAAAUAAAUAGUAUAUCUACAUACUUAUUAUAUAUGAAGGUUGUAAUGUUAAACUAGUAUAUAUUUUGUCGGAGAAAUUAGUUUAAUUGGAACAACCUUAACCUUAUCCUUUGCCUAAAUCUUUAAAUUGNAUUUAAUUAGAAGUAGAGUAAGAUUGCAAUAUAGAUGUCAGCCACAGAUCUUAAUAUAUUAUUAUAUUUGAAUAAAAUUGUUAAUCAAAUAAUGUUUAUUAUACUGCGAUUGAUGAAUAAUAAUUUUAGUUUAAAUCAGUCAAAAAGCUUGAAUUAUUUCAAGGAAUGAAUAUUGAAUAUAUCUAGAAAAUUGAGAUAUGUGAUCUAGACAGAAUAUUUUUUAUAUUCUAGGAUUUCAUGCUGCAAUAUAAUUUGAUGCAGAACAAUUUAAAUUAAUAUGCAAAAUUUGUUAAUAUAACAUUAUUGAAGGUAUUUUAACUAUGUUCAAAUACUUAAUUGGAAUUGGAUAUAGAAAAUAACAGUUAGUAAAUGAGGUUGAAGGGGCAGCCUUUGAAUAUUACUAGUGUUUAGUAUAAGAAUGCCUUUCUGAUUGAAAAGAUUUUAGUCCUAUUUUUUGAUGAUUGUAUAUUAGCAAAAAUAAAUGAUUAACUACAAUACCAAAUAAAUAUUACGAUGUCAGAGAUACUUCAAUUAAUUGGUGUUCCGUAUUUAAUUGGUGUUCAUUAAUCUAAAUUAAAACUUUUUAAAAUUUAAUCACCAAGAAAUUAUUAUUAAUUUUACUUCUCCUAAAAAAUUCUAUAUUUAAUUCUUACAAGCUAUGCUUAUUAUAAUUAAUUUUAUUUAGAAUAAAGUGAAAUAGAAAUUGUAAAGGAAUAUGAAUCUAAAUUAACAUUCAAUUAAUAAGAAAGGAUGAUUUAUUUGAAUGACAACAACUAAGACAUAUGCUUGGAAUAAAAAUUAUUUUCAGAUACUCUUCCGGUAAAUUUAGUUGCAAUAUAUGAAAAUGAAAAAUAUUAUUAAAUAAACGAGAGAAUAUAUGCGGACAUCUGCAAAUUUAAUUUUCUCAAAUAUAUAAAAAUAGUGUACUUCGGUGAAUUGAAUGAUUAAAUAAAGAUGCUAAUAAUAUUCAAACAGAAAGAUAUUAUAGCCUUUGUAUUUUGCUAAAAUGGCUAAAUUAUUAAUGAAUAACAUAUUAAAUUAAUCACACAGAUCUAAAAUAUUCUUGUAAUUUAAUAAAAAAGUAUCCUGAUUUGUUAUGAGAAAAUUAUUUCAUUAGUUAUAAUUGAUGAUUCACUUUCAAUAAAAACAACAAAUUAUCCUUAAGAACAUAAGAUAAUUAGCAUAAAUAAAUAGUAUAUCUACAUACUUAUUAUAUAUGAAGGUUGUAAUGUUAAACUAGUAUAUAUUUUGUCGGAGAAAUUAGUUUAAUUGGAACAACCUUAACCUUAUCCUUUGCCUAAAUCUUUAAAUUGUACCUUAAAUUAUAGAAAUUCGAAAUCUUAAAUUGUAAUAAAUUAGGAUGAGUUCAUUUUUGUAUCAAAUCAGAACAUAAGGUAUAAAAUGAAAGGAAAAAUAGUCAAAGUUUUGAUAGACAUAGGAUCUGAAAAUUUUAUAAUAGUAGUUGAAGAAUAAAAUGAAUUUAGACUCGAAUUCUAUCGUGUAAUGAGAGCUGAAGUAGUUUUAUGUUAUAUAAUACCAAUGUAUAACUUUAAAUAACUGCUUACAGAUACCUUUUAAUAUCAGAAUUAGUACUUAAUGGUAGGUGCUGAGUAUUAAAAUAAAUCGUACCUACUAAUUUAUAAUUUGAGAAAUUCAGCUUUUAGUGCUUUAAUAUAUGUUACAGAAAUAGAUGAAUCCCUAUAAUUUUUUUAAUUCUAUGAUUCUGCUAAAAAGACUGUGGUUUAUUUAUAUGAAGGAAAAUUGUAUUUUUAUCUUUUAGAUUAGUUUUGUUUAAAAUAUUCAUUAUAAUAACCGAAUGCUUUAAUUAGAAGGAAAAAAAUUUCAAUUUUAGUUAAUUCUCUGAUUAAUAACUAAUCUGCUACAAUAAACUUUUAGAUAUCAAAACUAAAUACUGACUACAUUCUAAGUACUUUCAAUAAUACUUAAUAACUCAGCUUUCUUAAUAAACCAUUAAACCAGGAUCUAUUUAGAGGAAAUAUCAUAAGAGUUGAGGUACAGAAGAAAGAAGAUUUUGUAGUUAUGUUACCUCUGAAUAUUACAUCAGAACACCUUUAUUGCCAUUAUUUUGAAUCGAAUGUUUGUUUUUUUAACAACUCUUUUAUUGAUAUUUAAACUCUUAAAAUUAUAUAUACUUUAAGUUUUUAAUAAACAAGCUUCAAUAUAAGAAGAAUCAUUUUUGAUGAGAAGACACAAGUAUAUUAAAUAAUUCUUUCCUAUUCUAAGAAUCAAAACAUCGAGAUAUUAUAAAUAGAGUAAGCCGAAGACAAUUUAAAUUAAUCUGUAUUAAUUAGUAAGAAAAAUGGUUAUAGUAUCCUCCCUAAAAGUUAUGUGGAUUAAGUGCAAAAUAUUAAAAUAAUCCAAAAUUUAUAUUUUUUUUAAUUUAUUGGAAGCAAUUCCUUAAUAUACUACAAAGAUAUUUGUUAAAUCAUCAUCAAUUCAUCUCAAUCAUCAAAUUUUAAAAAUUAUUUUACUGAUUUGGCCUAUUUAUCGAAUAAUACAUACAUAUAUAUUUUAUUGGAUAAUCAGAAAUUUCGUAUUAAAAUAAUUGCUACUAAUGAUAACAAAAUUGAAAAAGCAUAAUAUUGCAAUAUUGAUAUAAUUUAGGAACAUGAAAUUAAUUUAUUAAAUAUUUUGAACUAAAUUGACUUAUACUAUUUUCAUAUAGAGAUGAAAAACGUUGAGAUUAUUUCUGUUACCAAAAAGGAAUUCAUUUAUGUUUUGCAAUUUUUAAUGAUUUAGCAUACUAAUUUUGGUUUAUUGCUUGAAAUCUCCUUAAAUGCCAUCAAAUAUGAUGACUUGAAAAUAGAAUCGUAUCGAUUUUUAAGAUAUGAAAAAGAUGCACAAAUAUUACAAAUGCUUUAUGCAGAUAUGUAGUUUAUUGUGGCAAAAUUUUAACAGGAUGGAAAAUUUUUUGUCAAUGUUUACGAUAUAAAAGGGGAUAUGAAAAAUAAGGACUAUUUGGACAGCAUUUAUAGAAUAUAAUCAUUAGAAUAUUAACGAAUAGAGAGAUUUAAUACUUCUCAUUAUAUCAUAUAUAGCAAAAUGAAUAAAAAACUAUAUUUCAUGACUCUGAAUUAAUUAACAGUAGAGUGUUUAGGCUAAUGCACAGAAAAUGCAAAUUUAAUCCUAUCCAAUGAUGUAUCAACCCUUACUUUAGAAAUUUCAUUAGAAAUUCAGCCCGGAUAAAAUUAUUCAACAAUUAAAUCUGUAAUAAUUUUAACCAAUCUCUUGUUUAUACUGAUAUUUCUUAAAUUUGGUAGAAGAAGUAGAAUUUCCUUGCAAUUCCAAUGA